AUGUCGACGACGGUCUCCUGCUCCACGGCAAGCUCUAGCAGCGGAUUUGGAUUAAGCUUUCAAUUAAAGAACUCUGCUUUACCUGCAAUCAAUUCUCCUAAUUUCAUCAGAAUUGCUACAAAUUCUCAGAGUGACAGAUUGUGUGUUCAUCGUUUGGGAUUGGUACACGAAAACGGUAAAGCGAGAAGAAGAACAAAUGUGCGUAUGGCAUUAGUCGACGAAAGACAAUCAACAGGCCAAAAUGUUGCCGAACCUCCUCGGAUCCUGGCGUAUGAUCUUGUUCAAGGGGCUCUUGUGAAAUGGAGAUGGAAGGAGGACAAGUCUGUUCCAGAUACACCAACCGCUGUUCUUCUACACGGAAUUCUCGGGAGCGGCAAAAACUGGGGCACUUUUGCAAGAAGGUUGGCUCAUGAGUUCCCAACUUGGCAGUUUCUCUUGGUUGAUCUUCGUUGCCAUGGAGAUUCAGCGUCUCUAAAGAAGAGAGGUCCACACUCUGUUGCUUCAACUGCCUUAGAUGUUCUAAAACUUGUUGGUCAGUUGAAGUUAACACCUCGGGUCCUUGUUGGUCACAGCUUUGGAGGGAAAGUUGUUUUAAGCAUGGUUGAGCAAGCAGCUAAGCCUCUUCCACGACCAGUCCGAGCUUGGGUAUUGGAUGCUACUCCUGGAAAAGUUCGUGCAGGAGGAGAUGGAGAGGAUCAUCCAAGAGAGCUUAUAUCAUUUCUACGUACAUUGCCAAAAGUGGUCACAUCAAAACGUGAGGUUUUAAACGCUCUUAUCAAAGAAGGGUUUUCAAACGAUGUUGCACAGUGGGUUAUUACCAAUCUUAGACCUACUGGACCAUCGUCUUCUAGCUUCUCCUGGACAUUUGACCUGGACGGGAUCGCCGAGCUUUACCAGUCCUACGAAAACACAAAUCUGUGGAACUUUGUUGAGAAUCUUCCAAGAGGAGUACAUGUGAAUUUCUUGAAAGCCGAGAGAAGCUUGCACCGGUGGGCCUUGAAAGACAUUCAAAGAAUCCACGCCGCGGAAGAGCUCGCCUCUGAAGAAGGAGGCGGCGUUGAAAUGCAUGUCCUUGAAGACGCCGGUCACUGGGUUCACACGGAUAAUCCAGAUGGUCUGUUCAGGAUCUUGUCAUCUUCUUUCCAGGUUCUCAGAGCCUAG